AUGAUCGACUUAAUUGGGUGUCAACCUACUACUACUACUACUACUACUACUACUACUACUACUACUACUACUACUACUACUACUACUACUACUACUACUACUACUACUACUACUACUACUACUACUACUACUACUACUACUACUACUACUACUACUACUACUACUAGUACUACUACUACUACUACUACUACUACUACUACUACUACUACUACUACUACUACUACUACUACUACUACUACUACUACUACUACUACUACUACUACUACUACUACUACUACUACUACUACUACUACUACUACUACUACUACUACUACUACUACUACUACUACUACUACUACUACUACUACUACUACUACUACUACUACUACUACUACUACUACUACUACUACUACUACUACUACUACUACUACUACUACUACUACUACUACUACUACUACUACUACUACUACUACUACUACUACUACUACUACUACUACUACUACUACUACUACUACUACUACUACUACUACUACUACUACUACUACUACUACUACUACUACUACUACUACUACUACUACUACUACUACUACUACUACUACUACUACUACUACUACUACUACUACUACUACUACUACUACUACUACUACUACUACUACUACUACUACUACUACUACUACUACUACUACUACUACUACUACUACUACUACUACUACUACUACUACUACUACUACUACUACUACUACUACUACUACUACUACUACUACUACUACUACUACUACUACUACUACUACUACUACUACUACUACUACUACUACUACUACUACUACUACUACUACUACUACUACUACUACUACUACUACUACUACUACUACUACUACUACUACUACUACUACUACUACUACUACUACUACUACUACUACUACUACUACUACUACUACUACUACUACUACUACUACUACUACUACUACUACUACUACUACUACUACUACUACUACUACUACUACUACUACUACUACUACUACUACUACUACUACUACUACUACUACUACUACUACUACUACUACUACUACUACUACUACUACUACUACUACUACUACUACUACUACUACUACUACUACUACUACUACUACUACUACUACUACUACUACUACUACUACUACUACUACUACUACUACUACUACUACUACUACUACUACUACUACUACUACUACUACUACUACUACUACUACUACUACUACUACUACUACUACUACUACUACUACUACUACUACUACUACUACUACUACUACUACUACUACUACUACUACUACUACUACUACUACUACUACUACUACUACUACUACUACUACUACUACUACUACUACUACUACUACUACUACUACUACUACUACUACUACUACUACUACUACUACUACUACUACUACUACUACUACUACUACUACUACUACUACUACUACUACUACUACUACUACUACUACUACUACUACUACUACUACUACUACUACUACUACUACUACUACUACUACUACUACUACUACUACUACUACUACUACUACUACUUCUAUUACUACUACUACUACUGCAGUUUUCAUAUUACCGGUCAUUAAUAGUGAUCUAGCUUCAAUUGAUCCAUUAUUUCAACCAGUGAAAUAA